AUGUCAUCAUCUAAAGCACCAUUCAAAGGAAUAUUAUUUUCUAUUUCUGGUAUUUAUGAUCAAAAACGUAAGGAUAUUUGUAAGUAUGUUGUAAAAUUGGGUGGUACCAUCACUGAUGAACUAUUGAAAGUGACACAAGUAUUGAUUAUAGGCGAUGAUCUUAUACGAACAAAUAAGUAUCGUUAUUGCGUUAGACAUAGACCAGACAUUAUUUUCAUUGACUGGAAAAUAAUUUUGGAAUUGUAUGAGUUGUGGAAGAGAGGUGAAGAUAUAACGCAUAAUUACCGUUUUAAAAACAGGGAAAGUGAUCCUCAAUCUCGAAUGUUGUAUCUUUUAAAGAAAGAUUACUCUGAUUUACCCUUUUCUAAGUUUUAUAUUUUUAUUGGCAGAAUACCGUCUAAAAAGCAUACAAUUGAAAAUUUGGAAAAUAUUUGUAAUAAACUUGGUUGUAAACAUAUAGAUUCAAAGACACUUGACACUACUAUAUUAACAAAAAGAGAUCAAUACAAUAUUAUAUUUAUUUCUGGUGAAUCGAACAGUACCAGACAGAGGGCUGCUACCCGAUUUAAUAUACCCAUUAUACAUUAUAAAUGGCUGUUAGACUGUCAAAAAAGAAAUGCAAUAUUAGAAUAUGAUCCAUAUUAUCUUAUAGAAAAUGUACAAGAUAAAUUAUAUGAUGAUAUUGGGAUAGACUCCUGUGAUUGUUGGGAUACAUUAGAGAAAACUAAUCAAAUUACUAUUCCUGAUAAAGAAAUACAAUCUCAAUCAACUCAAACAGAUUUACUACUAAGUAAAUAUAAGCCUCGAGGAGGUAAAUUAUGGAAUAAAGUCAUGUCUAAUUCUGUGACAGACGACUAUCGGAACAAAGAACAAGGACAACUACUAGUUUCUGCAAAGAAUGAAAAUAUCGAGCAUCAUCUUUCUACAAAACGUAAUAAUAGUAAUGUUAAUAGUAGUAGGAGCAUAUAUGAUAAUAAACUUGAGAGCGAAAAUAAAAGUAAAGCUAUGCAAGAAGAAUCACACACUAGUUUGUUUUUUGAUAAUUGUUCAUUUUCUAUACAUGAUAGUUUCCCUUCAAGACAUCAAAGAAUUUUGCUUAAUGUCAUUAAAAAAAAUGGGGGAACUAUUAUUACUUCCAUACAUACAGACCCAGAUUACUUAAUUGUUCCUAGUAACAUUCCAUUAGAGACAUUAGAUCUUCAUCAAAAUUCAACGUCAAAUAUAUACAUAGUCACUGAAUUUUUCAUUGAACGAUGUCUGCAUUACAAAUUAUUAAUUAAUCCACCAGACACUUGGAGCAAACCAUUUUAUUUUACCGAUAGUUUCCAUUUAAUUCCUAACCCUAAAAUAUUGCAUAAAAGUGAAGAAGAUCACUUAUCUUUGACAGUUGCAAUAACAGGAUUUCAAGGGGUAGAAUUAUUACAUUUAACAAAAAUAUUAGCAAUAUUAGAAAAUAAAGGUGUUAAAUAUACAGAGUAUGUUAAUAAAAAUAUUGAUUUAUUAUUGCUCAACCUUUCUGCAUUAACUUCGAUAAAUGAAGAUUACGUCUUAUGGACGAAUAAUUAUAAAGAUUUAUUUCAAUUAAACAAAAAAUAUCUUAAGAAUGAUACGGAUAGUCAGGCUGCAGUGUUUAGAAAUUCAUUAAAACGUAAACUUGGAUUUGUUAAACAUGUUGGAACGAUUCCAGUAGCAACUCCAGCGUUUAUUAUGGAAAUAUUUAGAAAGACUAGUCAUUUUAUGUAUAAUCCAGAUUAUUCAAACAAUUUUAUUAGAAUAAAUGAUACCAAUUGGUGUAUUUUCUGUCCCAAGAAUGAUUCAAAUAGCUAUGAGAUUAGUAUCAAAAAAGGCAUAAUUACAUCACCAGAAAAGGAUAUAUCUAAUCCCAUCAGAGAAGUAAAGAGGAAACGGCCUAAUUUGUCCGAAUCUCGUAGUUAUAAGAUAUGCAAAACAAUCUUCAAUGAUAUGAAUAGUCCAAGUAAGUUAUCAGAUUUGCACUCACCAUCAAAUUCCAUUAAAAACAAUUUUAAGGAAAGCACUAAAGAGGCAAUGUCUAAGUUUAGAGAACCUAGAAAAUUGUCGUAUGGUAAUUCAAAAUCAUCAUUAUCGAAUGAAUCUCAUGUACUACAAUUAGAUAAUGUUCCAGAUCUUUCAAGAUCAUCAUCCAACUUAGAUAGUAAUGCUAAAGUCACUGAUUUUAGUAUAAAAAGAUCACGCAUAGAUAACGGUGUGGUUAACAAAAUAGAAAGGUCUUCAAGUUGGGGUGCCAUGCUCUCUAGUAGUCAGCAUAAUCCAUCCAAGGAAGAAAACUCAGAUACAUCUUUUUCUGUCUCAGAUAAAGAGGAAAGUCAAAUUGGUACUACACAAGUAGUUUAUGGAAUUGGUGAUGGUAAUCAUAAGAAAAAAAAUACUGAUAUUCAAAGACGACCCUUGACAAGAAAUCAAGUUAAAAGGCUAGAAUUGUAG